UAAAAAUCAUAUGAGAAAAAUAUUAAAUGACUUGUUAAAGUUAAAUUGACAACGAGCAACAUAAAAAAGAGACGAAAAUGAUUCCAAAGAUGAGUUAUAUGGUAAUUGUGUUGCUGGGUUUAUUCGCCAGUGGAUGGAGCUUCUUGGAGCAUGAUAGUUGGAUUACCAUUGAGUUGCACCAUUCGCUGUCUCCCUCUAAGCCUGAUUACUUUACCCAUCGUGGUAAUAUCUCCAUACCAAGUCUAAAUUCCGGCCUGUCAACUGUCGUGCAAAACGAAUUAGAAGACAGCGAACUGGAGGACAUGAAGAUCCUUACGAGCCAGAAUGGAUUCUAUCGCCUCAAGGCAACGGUUACAUAUCCCAAUGGCAAUAGUCAGCGCUUCUUGACCUCCAGUAAAGCAUGUAGCCUGUUAACGGCUCAGUUCAAUGAUGUUCUAUGGAUAUCUCUGGAUGCUUAUGGAUUCGUCACUGGAAUCACCGCUUCCCAGGAUCCCACUCCCAAUAGCUCUGGAUGCUCUGCUGAAGAUAUACAACAAAUUAAGGAGAAGAGAUUCAGCACUGAUGUUAUAAUUAGACACGCCGAAUUGGCUCCGGUUCCCGAUACCGGCAGUUUCAUCCAGAAAUUCGAGCGGGAGCGUGAGGCAAGAGAGCGUGGAGAGGUUCGCGAUAAUCGAGGAUUCUUUGCCAAGUACUGGAUGUACAUUGUGCCCGUGGUGCUACUGGUCUUCAUCUCUGGAGCUACCAAUCAAGAUGCAGCCAAAUAAAUAAAUUUAUGUAAAUUGUAGUUUUCAUAUUAACUCACAUUAAUUUUGAUGAUUAAAUAAAUAAUUUCAAUUUAGUUCAAAUUAAAAAA